UCCCCGACCGGCCCCGGGAGGCCAUGGCGGCCACGUUCUUCGGAGAGGUGGUGAGGGCGCCGUGUCGGGCGGGGACCGAGGAGGAGGAGGAGGAGGAGGAGGGCCGGAGGGAGACGCCCGAGGACCGGGAGGUGCGGCUGCAGCUGGCGCGGAAGAGGGAGGUACGGCUCCUUCGAAGACAAACAAAAACAUGUUUGGAAUUUUCCCUGCUGGAAAAGCAUCCUUGCUCCAGGUUUAUCAUUGCCAUAGGCAGCAAUGCAGUAGCAUUUCUGUCAUCAUUUGUUAUGAAUUCAGGAGUCUGGGAAGAAAUUGGUUGUGCUAAACUCUGGAAUGAGUGGUGUAGAACAGCAGACUCCACCCACUUGUCCCCCACGGAGGCUUUUUGUGUGUUUUAUCAACUGAAAGCUCAUCACUCGGUGAUCCUUUGUCAGUGCAGCUGCUAUGUUGCUGAGGAUCAGCAGUAUCAGUGGCUGGAAAAGGUUUUUGGCUCUCGUCCAAGGAAGAACAUGCAGGUAACCAUUCUCACCUGUCGACAUGUUACUGACUAUAAAACCUCAGAAUCUACUUGUAGCCUACCUUCUCCUUUCUUGAAAGCUCUGAAAACCGAGAAUUUCAGAGACCAAACGUGUUGUUCACUGCUAGAGCAACCAAACAUCGUACAUGACCUGCCUGCCGCAGUUCUGAGUUACUGUCAGGUGUGGAACAUGUCUGCGGUUCUCUACUUGUGUUACACUGAUGUGAUGAAAUUGGACCUAAUUACAGUCGAAGCUUUUAAGCCUAUACUUUCUUCCAGAAGCUUCAAAGGCUUGGUUAAGAAUAUUCCUCAGAGCACAGAGAUACUGAAGAAAUUGACGACAACAAACCAGAUUCAGAGUAAUAUUUAUACAUGACCUCAGAGACUGUAAUGUGUUUCCCAUCCAUUCCUUUAAGGGGAGCUGUGUGCCCUGUUUUGUAAGUUAAUUUUUUUUUGAGGGGUGAAAUAUAUUUUGAAGGAGACAAAAUAAACUGUAAGAAAAUUAA